AUGCGCUCUCGAAUAAAAUAUUCUCUCGUUCCCCGCACCCCCACUGCGGUAGUGGGGCAAUGGCGCCCCUGGCCUCUCCGUCUUCCCUACCUCCUCACGUUUGCACUCGUCUGCACUUUCUUCAUUGUUGCUCUCGAGCUCAUCCUUCGGUCAUGCCAGCCCGACGGCUGCCACGUUUUCGGCGAACCCGACUCCAGCAGCAGCGGCGACGGCUCCUUGGAUCUCUCGGUGGCAACGAACUUCGUCUACAACUACCUGCCAACAAUCAUUUCGCUGUUCUUUGGUCUUCUGGUCGCAAUCCUGCAUCAUGAUUCUAUGCGCAUGGAACCGUGGUUCCAGAUGAGCCGCGAGGAGGGCGCGACAGCGAAGGACUCGUUGCUGCUGGACUAUCCAUAUCUAUUCCCACUGUUUGUUCCGUUCGAGGCGGUAAAGCGACGUCACUAUUCAGUCUUGACUGGAUCAUGUAUACUUCUCCUCACCAGCUUUGUCCUUAUCCCGAUGACGGCUGGCCUUUUCGACGACAGUGACCUAUCACACGAAAUAGCACACAACACGACAUUCGCCGCCCUGCAGUGGAGGAAUACGUCCGCCAACUAUUCGAGCGCUACGUUCUCUGCGCGAUAUACAUACCUUUCCUAUGGCCAUGCCUGGCUGAAUGGCUCUCUUCCGCCAUUUACCACGCCCACGUACGCGCUGGCGCCCUGGGCUGAGGUUGACUUUAACAGCAGCGUGAUCAAGCGCAAUGACACCGACUCUGCCAAACUCGGCCAGGUGUGGGUGGGCCCAUCCAUCCGCUACGAAGCUGACCUCGAAUGCGACGAAGCGGUAAAGACGCCGAUCGUUGCGGAGGGUGUUGGCACAAUCGGUUAUAACCUCACUUCCCCCAACGGCGCUGUGGGCGAGGCCCUCUGGGUACCUGGUGUGGCCGACACAAACGACACAGAUUUAAUGAGCCGGCUCGAGGACGUGGUCCCCGGCUUUAGCGCUUUCGUUUACAAGCGUUCACAGGACAUAUUUGCCAGCGGCGCGGCACACUAUAGUCUCGCGGACAUGCCCAACAGGUACUUUGAGUACAGCGAACGCGACAAGUAUGAGGAAUUUAUGGACUCGAUGAUCUACAUCUGGACGUCCGCACUGCCCCGCGACUGGAACAACACGCGGAUGGGGUCUGGCUCGCGGGGCUUGACCGCGAUCUAUUGUCGGCCGCGAUUCUACUCGCAGCCCGUCAACGCUACUGUGCUUAUGCCCUCCGGAGUCAUCCAGAACGUGUCGCAAACUGGGGACCGUAUUCUCGUAGAACAGGUGGACAGAUCGCGUCUUGGGGAAUUUUAUAGCGACUUGCACGUUGGCAAUACUGGUGGUGAGGUAAAUUUGACAGCCUAUAGGAAUAAUUUCUACAGUCUCGUGGGGCUCGGGUAUCUGCCCCCGACGCAGCCCGACAACCUUAGUCAAGUACUGCGUCGCUUCGGCGGCAGUGUGGAGGUCCCGCGCGUGCAGCCAAAGUUCCUGGGGGAGCCGGCGCGAGGGUUUCCGGCGUUUGCAUUUAACACUCAGCACAAUGACACUCUGGAUAGCCUGUUCGAUCCUCAGAAUCUCGCAGACAUGUAUCGCCGCGCGCUCAAGCUCCAGUUUGCGAUGCUGUGCAGGGACGAAUGGCUUAAUACACUUGCAGAGGAAGUCCCCGCCACGAUUACAAGGGAGGUGAAGACGCGGGGCUUUCGCAUGAACGAGAAUUGGUGCCGCGGUGUACAGGCCGCAUUUGCAGUGCUCGCCGCCUUGACGGUCGUAAUGAUCGUCCUACUUUGGGAACGGCGCUGUGUUCUGGACGGGGAGCCGAAUAGUUUGGCAAGCGCGCUGGGCCUCCUGCAGCGGAGCCCAGAGCUCGCAAAACAGCUGGAAAAUUCGGAGUUCAACCCAAUGAGCGUUGUAAGGCGAGUGUUGGUGCGGAGUGGCUUUAGAUACCGGCUUGGCCUGGAGCCUGGGGUUGGCCCGAGGGUUGAUGUUUUGAAAGACGAGGAUGGUAUUCCGGUAAAGAUAUUGAUGGAGGAGCCAGAUGAGGCACUUGAGAGCAAGGGCUAUGAUAAGAACAAGCGGUGGCUUGAGAACCCAACUACGGGGGCGCUCUUUGCCGCAUUCUUUUUCCUGAUGCUGGUGACUAUGAUUGUGCUCUACGUAUAUGAUGAAAUCAGAGAAGGCAUCCCGUCGCCUUCCUCGCCCGGCACAUUCGGGUACAAGGUGCUCUUUGCAUAUCUCCCGACGCUUCUAGCGCACCUGGUUGAACCUAUUCUUGUCACGCUCGGUAGCUAUCAUUGCAUGCUGGGCCCAUAUCGGCCCCUCCAUCGCGGGCAUUCGAGUAGCGAGAGCUCUCUCGCUAUCGACUACGACACCGCACCACCCCAGCUCCAGAUAAUACGUUCUGCAAUUGCCCGUGAUUUUAUGCUUGGAGGCCUCAUCGUUGCUAUCCUUCUCGCCAAUAUCCUUACUGUUGCCCUUUCUGCACUGUUCUCUCCGAUGAAUGUCCUGUCCACCAUCUCCUAUUCCGUCCCUAACUAUUAUGGCGAGCCUCAGUUCACACGGGGCUUCGACUCACUCCCUGCACUUGAGAUGCAUUACGUCCUAUCGAGCAAUCUCUCCGGUGAAAUCCCCCAGCCCAACUGGACCACAACCGAGUAUUAUAUCUUACCGUUUCCACUCCCAUCUAUGGGCGGUCUCCAGGCCGCGUCGGCAGAUACUCUUGGGAUUGGAGCAUCAAUCUCAUGUGAUCUCGUUCCUAGCUCGGAGGUCGAUUCGUUCUGCUUUGUGAAUUCCAGAGCCUAUAAAACCAAAUGUCCCACAUACUGGUCCAAGCCGGGCCCCUCGUUCGAGGCAACACUGUCCGUCAAGGAUCCUUGCUGGCCGCAGAUCAAGAACCGUACCGCCGGUGAAACAAUCCCAAGCAAUGAAACCAUGGUGUGGUCGAUCCCAGCCGGCGACUACUUUGCCUACAACCCACAGUGCUCCGACACAUUCUUUGUUGCAUGGGCCGAGCAGCCGGCAGACCGCGAGCAUGGCGCAAAGAAUAUGUCUCUGAGCUAUCUGCCGCAACUCGAUAGCGCGAUCAUCCGCUGCACGAGCGCAGAGAAAAUCGUCCGCUUAGCAGCCACCGUCGAUUCGAAGGGAGAUGUUCUAAGUGUUCAAGACAUAGUCCCCAUUGACUCCCCGGAGGAACUAAACAAGUUCUAUCCGCAUGGGCCCGGUGAGCUGGUACGGACGUUCAUCAGCUCUGCUGCCCAAGGAACCUACGAAGCCUAUGAGUUGCAGCUCCGACCGUUGGACUGGUUCAACUACCACCUGACUACCCUAUACCCUCAGGUCGUUCGUGAUGUAAGCCCGAAUAUCACCCACAUCCCCAACACCGAUAUCCUUCCGGGCGCCUUUGAGAAUAUUUUCCAACGCCUCUACGCGAUCAACUUGCGUCUCUACGCGUCUGAUGUGAUGCAGUCCGCCACAGACCCACAGACUAUAACAGUGCUCACAAAGGCACUCCAACAACGGGUAUCAGUGAGUGCGACAAUGGUCAUCAUUAGCAUUGCGAUCGUUGUGUACGCCACGGCGAUUAUCCUCCUCCUCUAUUGGGGCCCGCGGCCUUCGGAUUCCGUGGCGCACGCACCGGAAAACCUUGCGGCGAUGUGGUCGUUGUUGUAUGCUAGUGAUGCAAAGGAGGUAUGUGGUGGGGUGAGGGGAGAUACUCCGCGGGUGCGCAUGGAGGAGUUGAAGAAGGCGGGGGCACGGUAUGGGUACGGAGUCUUUGUGGGUAGGGAUGGAAGAAAGCAUUUAGGCGUCUUCAUGUCCUCCGGGGAUGGCCGGAAGUAA